CGUCCACGGCGGCGCAGCCGAUUUUCAGGUCCUUUCUCCGGCUGCCAUUCUUCUACGCUGAAAACUCCAUUUCAAUGAAUAAAUUCAUGUUUUCAGCAAUUCAGCUACGCGAAAUUUAUUACCUCCAAUUUUCUCGAAAAUACUCUUCCAAAUCAAAUCAAUUUCACAGCCUCCGAGCAUCCAUCGCAUUGCUUCAAUCGUGUGCGCUGAAUCAGGAUCUUUCCGAGGGAAGAAAAGUCCACGCAGGGAUGAUCGUUAAUGGCUAUCUCGGUUCCCCACUGUCCGCGACUAGCCUCAUCAAUAUGUACUGCAAGUGCGACUCCAUUGCCGACGCUGUAUCUGUUUUUGAAGCGACGAAAGAGACGCACAACGUGUUUGUCUACAAUUCCAUCAUUUCUGGUUUGGCUAGCCAUGAUCUCUCCAGUGAAGCUUUUGAAUUCUACUGUAAAUUGAGGCAAAUUGGUUUAUCUCCAGACAAAUUUACUUUCCCUUGCGUGAUUAAGGCUUGCUCUAGCAUUUCGGAUCUGAAAAACAUCCAUGGAUUGCUGCUUAAAUUCAGGUUGAAUUUCGAUGUGUUUGUAGGCAGUGCAUUGGUUCAUAGCUAUUUGAAGUUCAAGCAGGUGAACGAUGCACAGAAAGUGUUCGACGGAUUGCCUGUGAAGGAUGAUACUGUAAUUUGGAAUUCUAUGAUCAAUGGUUAUGUGCAGAUUGGUGAGUUUGUUAAGGCGUUGGAAAUUUUCAGGAAAAUGAUGGACAAUGAGCUUUUUCCGAACCGAUUCACCGUCACCGGAGUUCUGUCGGCGUUGGCGCUGGCCGGAGAACUUUCCGGCGGGAUGUUACUUCACUCGUUCGCCGUAAAAACAGGGUACGGCGAAGGGGUUCCGAUUUCGAACGCGUUGAUCGACAUGUACGGGAAAUGCAGGCGUCUUUCGGACGCGAAUUCGGUGUUCGAGAAGAUGAUCGAUAUGGAUAUUUACUCUUGGAACUCGAUUAUCAGUGUUCACGAGCAGUGCGGCGAUCACGAUGGCGCAUUGAGGUUUUUGAAGCGGAUGAUAAGGUCGGGGUUCCGGCCAGAUUCGGUGACGGUCACUGCCGCUGUUCCAGCGUGUGCGACGCUGGCGUCGAAGCACGGCCAGGAGAUUCAUUGCUACAUGAUCGUCAACGGGAUUGGCGGCGACGACGGCGCGUUUACGGGGAACACGAUGAUGGAUAUGUACGCGAAGUCCGGGAGUUUGAGGGAGGCGAGAUUAAUAUUCGACGCGAUGACGAUCAAGGACAACGCGUCGUGGAAUAUUAUGAUCAUGGGGUACGGCGUGCACGGGCUCGUCGACGAGGCGCUUGAUCUAUUUUCCCGGAUGUGCGGCGCGGGAUUCGAUCCCGACGAGGUGUCGUUCGUCGGGGUUUUGGUAGCGUGUAGUCACGCAGGGUUUGCGAUCCGAGGGCUAGAAUUAUUCGAAGAAAUGCAGCCGAGGUACGGCGUGAAACCCAACAUCGAACACUACGCGUGCGCGAUCGACAUGCUCGGUCGAGCCGGGAAACUCGACAAGGCAUUCGAUUUGAUCUCGAAAAUGCCGAUCGAGCCCAAUCAAGUUGUGUGGAGGGCAUUUUUGUCCGCAUGCCGGAUUCACGGGAAUGCGGGUCUCGCCGAGGUUGCGACGCGGCGGGUGCUCGAGGUCGAUCCCGAGCAUUGCGGGAAUUAUGUAUUGAUGUCGAAUAUAUUAGGAGCCGCAGGGAAAUACGAAGAGGUGGCCGAGUUGAGGCGGGCAAUGGCGCGGCAAGAUGUGAAGAAGUCGCCGGGUUGCAGUUGGAUCGAACUGGGUGAUGGAGUGAGCGUAUUUUUUAACGCGGAUCGCGGUUGUCGCGACGUGAAAUUGGUUUACGACGGAUUGGAUUUGCUCACGGCUUGUUUGCGCGAGCACGGGAACGUCGAUGUCUUGGAGAGUUGUUAGCAAUGUUUUCACGCUCGGUUUGCCGUGACGGGAGCUUUUUGUCGGGCUGUAUUGCCCCCGGAGUUGAUGUUGCAGAUUUGCUGAAAAAAUGAUCGUUUGUUAGAGAGUCGUUGCUUGGGGUUGUUGAGAGUUUCGGCGACUCUUGUCCACAUUAAUUUUGUG